AGAUGGCGAAUGGCAGCUGUUUGUAGACGGUAUUUAUAUAGUUGCCUGCUGUCUCUCUAGAACUCGAGAUCUACAGAACAUUUUGGUUGAAAACGUUAACAGAAUCUUUGCUAUCCGAUACAGGAAGAAUCACAGCGACACAUCUUUGUCGAUUGCUAAAGUUAACUAACGUUAGUGAGCACGCUAGCUUGACUGGCCGCUCAAAAACCAAGAAAAACAGUGAAGACGCGUAAAACAUGGAAGUCCUUGUAACCGAUCUUUCGUUUCGACUUUGUCAUGUGUGCCUCUCCUCAGGCGCCUCGGUUGGGGAUUUGGCACAUGUCCUCUCUCAGGAACGGGGAAUUCCUACUACGGAGUUUUACGUGAAGAACAACGGACGGCUGUUGGGGAACAAUGAGAGACUGCAAGAGGGAGUGUGGUACCGGAUGGAGCCCCGGCUCUGUGGAGGGAAAGGAGGUUUUGGAUCCAUGCUACGAGCUCUCGGAGCUCAGAUUGAGAAGACCACUAAUCGUGAGGCAUGCAGGGACCUGAGUGGAAGGCGGCUCAGAGAUGUGAACCACGAGAAAGAGAUGGCGGAGUGGCUGAAGAAGCAGGCGGACCGCGAGGCAGAGAAGGAGCAGCGGCGCAUGGAGCGGCUACAGCGCAAGCUGGCCGAGCCCAAGCACUACUUCAGUGAUCCCGAGUAUGAGAAACAGUGCCACGAGAUGUCAGAGCGCCUGGAGGAGUCCAUCAAAAGAGGUAUGCAGGCAUCAUCUAGUGGAGUUGCAGGGGCUACAAGGAAAAGGUCCUCUCCAUAUGAAGUGGAGUCUGGGAAAAGGAAAUGUGAUUGGCUGGAUGUGAUCAAUGGAAUCUCGAGCUCUGAGGACGACAGUGACGCCAGCGAUGGGGAGGCCUCCGCCACCUCCUCCUCAGCUGCCCACCCAACGAGAAGCUCAGCCGCUCAGAGCUGUGUGCCUCAGCGUGCUGCAGAGGCCACAGGGAUCCCCAGCACAAACAGCUCCGGUGCCAGCACUGGGUCCAGCUCUCCACAGAGCAGUCCAGGAGAACCACACAAGGAGGAGGCCGAGGGGGAGGCUGCAGUUGUGGCUCAAGAGGUUGAGGCAGCUGUUGAGAGGGAGGCAGAGUCAGCAGCUGUGGCGCAGGAAGAGGCAGCAGCUCCAGGUUCAAGUGAAGGGUUCCAUACACAGCAGAGCACCCCUUCAGACAGGAGCCCUGAGGAAACCUCUCAGCAAGAGGUGGCUGCUACACAACCUGCAGAUGACAGUCCUCUGGAUCUGCAGGCGGUUUCCAGUGCUGCGGAGCUGGAGGCGCUGGGCUUAGAGAGACUGAAGAUGGAGCUGGUGGGACUGGGGAUGAAGUGUGGGGGCACAUUGCAGGAGCGGGCUGCCAGGCUUUUCUCUGUCAGAGGCCUGUCCAAGGACGAGAUCCCAUCUGCCCUCCUGGCCAAGCCCACCAAGGGCAAGAAAAAGUGACCUGCCAGCGAUGGAUUCUACAAAAUAUUUUACAUGUAUCUGAUCACAAGGGACAUUUAAUCCUUUUUGCAAAUUUGGAAUUUUUAUUUUUUACACCAGUGAAAUCCAGCUGAAGUGUAAGAUGUUUCUGGAAAAAUCUUUUGGAUUUUGGAUUUGGAAAGAGUGUAGAAAUUAAUUGCGUAUUCUUUGAGCAAAAUUAAAUGGUCCAGUGUAUACACAUUUCUUUUCCAAAGUUGACAUGAUGGCAGUGUGAUUACAUCAUAGGUUGUACGUAAUCACUCUUUCUGGAAGUUGCUCUUAUGUUUUGUGUUAUAUAGUAAAGAUUUUUUUUUCCAUAACUGAUGUAACCGGUCUUUUAUUUGU